AUGGAUACCGGUAGAACGUCAAAGGAGCAUGGGAAUGUGAAUGAGGGGAAGUGGAACGAUAGUGAUAGUAUCGAUACGGAGCCCUUUCCGGGACAGGGCAUCGAUGGAGAAGUGCUAGGAAGCAGUCAAACGACGACGUUGGCAAAGGAUGAUGUAGAUGUGGAAGCGCAAGGCGAGAAAGAAAAGGAAGAUGCGUUGAGAUUGGAAAGGGAGAAGGAAGAACAUGAUCCGAAUCUGAUAACCUGGGAUGGACCGGAUGACCCUGAUAACCCGAUGAACUGGGAUACGAAAAAGAAAUGGUUCAUAACCGUCAUCUUGGGCUUAAUGACUUUUGUCGUCACUUUCGCGUCGAGUGUUUUCAGUACGGCUACGAUUGUAGUUGCGGAGUUAUAUGGGGUAUCAGAAGAAGUCGCUGUUCUAGGGACGUCGUUGUUUGUACUGGGAUUUGGUGUUGGUCCUUUGAUAUGGGGACCUGGAUCCGAACUCUUUGGCAGAAAAGUUCCCCUCUUCUUCGGCUACGCUUGUUUCGCCAUUUUCCAAAUCCCCGUCGCUGUAGCUCAAAAUCUCCAAACAAUCAUGGUUUGUCGAUUCUUCGGCGGAGUCUUUGCUUCCGCCCCAUUAGCGAUUAUCGGAGGAGCGUUGGCGGACUUCUUCGGCCCGGUCGAUCGAGGUGUCGCGGUUUGCGUCUUCGCAGCGGCAACUUUUAUCGGUCCAAUUGCGGGACCAAUUGGAGGUAACUUCAUCACACAGUCGUAUUUGGGUUGGAGAUGGACGGCUUGGAUCACGAUGAUCCUUGCUGCGGGUUUCGGAAUGCUAGGUCUGAUCUUCGUGCCUGAGUCUUCUCAUCCAAAGAUUCUCCAACAGCGGGCCGCGAGACUGAGAUUCGAAACAAAGAACUGGGCAAUUCAUAGCAAAGCUGAUGAAAUCAAACUUACCCCCCAUACAAUCUUACAAACCUAUCUCCUCCGCCCCUUCAUCAUGCUCUUCCAAGAACCGAUCCUUCUCCUCAUCACCCUCUACAUGGCUCUCAUCUACGGCAUCCUUUACCUCUUCUUCGAAGCCUACCCCAUCUCCUUCCAACAAUCGCGCGGCUGGGCCCCCGGGCUCAGCGCCCUCCCCUUCAUCGGCAUCCUCAUCGGGGUCCUCCUCGGCGCCGGAACCAUUUCCUGGGUCACCAAGACGCGCUUCGCGCGCAAGCUCGAAAAACACGGCAAAGUGAUCCCCGAAGAACGUCUCCCCCCCAUGAUUCUCGGUUCCUUCAUCCUCCCCAUCGGCCUCUUCUGGUUUGCCUGGACCUCCAACCCCAACAUCACCUGGGUUCCCCAGGUCAUCUCGGGUAUCUUCAUCGGUUGGGGUAUCUUGAUGAUUUUCUUGCAGGGCUUAAACUACAUCAUCGAUGUCUACAUGUGGCAUGCCAAUUCGGCGAUUGCCGCGAAUACUUUCCUGCGAAGUUUUGCCGGCGGUGGGUUCCCGCUCUUUGCGCAGUAUAUGUUUAAUGGAUUGGGAGUUGCGUGGGCAACGAGUGUGUUGGGUUUUGCAUGCGUGGUGAUGAUGCCUGCGCCUGUGCUAUUUUUUAUCUACGGAGCGAGAGUGAGAAAGAUGAGCAAAUUUAGUCCAAGUGCUUAA